UUUAUUUCACUGUUUUGUGUCAGGUGGUCAUUGGGCAGAAAAAUUCGAAAGUUGAAAGACAGUCUUUGUUCAAUGACAUUUUUUUUAAAAUAGAUGAUUUGUUAUUACGCAGCCGCACAUGUUAUUGUACAUGAAUGUGAGUGAAAAGAGGUUGAUUCCCUAAAUCGAUGCCAAAAAUCAUACUCACUGUUCUGCAUUGGAACUGUCCCUAGUAAUUCCCCAAAUUCGGUGUAAAGCUGCAUCCCUUAAAUAGAGGGAAAUUUAACUUCUCUAAGAGAUGGAUGUCAUGAAAGACAAUGCUGCGCCUCUUGACAUGAAUUACAAACAAUUGUAUUUUGCAUCCCAGAAAGUUGUCUCCCAGAUGGAGACUGAACUUAAUCAGUAUGCCAAACUGUUUGAAAGCAUCGAGGAUGCAUGUACUCUUCAAAUGUGCGACAUACAUAACCAAGUGCACCAAUACAUCGCCAGUGGUUCUGAUAUAUGUGCCAGUCAUGGAGUCAAUAAUCAAUUAGAAAAGGAAUUGCAAGCGAAGGUGAACCAGUUACAGCAACAGUUAACUGAAAUGAAGGACAGGAAUGAAAAUCAUAAUGUAAGUCUGCGACAAAUUAUUCAAACUCAAAAACAAAGAAUAGACGAUCUUGAGAAUGAGCUGUUUGAACAGUGCGAGCUGCUCUCUGGUCAGCGUGAUGCCAUACAUGCAACAGAACUUCAAUACAAACACGAAAAAGCACUCUUUGCUCAGUUGACAGUUGAAAACACGAAGCUUAAGGAUUGUUUCAAGGAAAUGACUGUAAAAGAACGGGAAACCAGAAACCAUUUCAAAGUAUGUGAAGAAAAAUUAGUAUCACUGCAACAUAAGCUACAUUGUUGUGAACAACAUUGGAAUGAAAUGAAUAUGGAAAAUGAGUAUUUAUGCACCCAACUUCUUACACAAUUCAACCAGGCAUUGUCGGAUUUAAAGAUAAAGGCAGGAUGUCAGGUACCAGCAACCUACAGGGACGAGUCUGCAAAUGAACAGGAGAUUCAUGUACACAACCAAAUUGACAUUCCACAUGUAUUGAGUGGUGAUAAAAGCAUUUCAAUUGUUUUGCAAGAUCUUGAACACCAUAAUAAAAUAAAAGAAAAAAUGGAAGUCAUUAAAGUUACGUUUAAAGAAAUAUUACGGUGUUCGAGCUUGGUUGAAAAAGCAUUGAAAUCAUCCCUGAGUGAUUUAACAUUGGAAAAUGAGAAUUUGAAGACAAAACUAAGCCAGAUGGAAUACACACAUCAGAGACUUAAUGCUGAUCUGUGUAUUUACAGAAAGGAUUUGGACCACAAACAGCAAGAGUGCCUCCAACUGAGGCAAAAUGUUGAGGAAAUGGGAGAUAGAUUUGGUGACAUGUUAGAUCAGCAUGCCCAUAUUGAGAAACAAAAUGGUGAUUUAAAGAGGUUGGAAAACCAGUUGCAGAGUCUUCAGUUUGAAAAUAAAGUGCUAAGUGAGCAGAUUGGAGAGAUGUCACAAAAGAAAAAGGUUCCAGUUGACAGAGAGAUUGAAAUUAAUCAACUCACAAAAAAGGUUAACAAGUACCGACUGCAAGUUGCAGAGACAGAGCAGAAGAUGGAGGAAAUGAGCAAGAAAGCUGCAAGUCGAAUGCAAAAACUGGAGCACAACUGGAGAGCUGCAGAUACUGAAGUGUGCAAACUGGACAGCCUUAUAGAUGCAAUUCGGGCUAUUUUGGUUAACCAUUCCCUUGCAAAAGAUGAACAGCUAAAAACAGUUAUCAACAUGAUUGAUGGAAAAUAAGAUUGAGACAGUAUCAGCAUCUCAGACUUUGUUAUAAAAACGUUCAGCAUGUUAUUAAGCUUGCCCUCCUUCACAAUCACUAAGUAUGAAUAUUUCUCAGCCGAUUGUGGUUGGGUUUUCUGUUGAAACUGUGUCUCAAGACUUGAACUGUUCUGUUCAUAACGCAAUUUUAAAUUUACUUUCUAAAAAUUACAACCAUGGGGAGACAUGGUGUGGCAUGUAAUACAGGUUUCCCUAACUCAACAAACGUCAAAGUAAUGCUUAGCGGUAAAAUUUCAAAUUAGGUCAAACAAUAACUUUGUAAAGACUUGUAUAUUAAAUAACUUUAAGAACAUCUUCAAUUAAACUGCAGGCUCAAAGGGUUUAAUAUAUGGUGUGUAACAUUGAUGGAGGUACUCUUCUAAGUUUGUUCAAAUAAUGCCCCUGGGGUCGAAAUUGGCCUAGCCCUGAUGUUGAUUGUUUUCCAUUUAUGUAUGUAGUAAACACUUACAAAAAUCUCUGAACCCGCAAGGUCAAGAGGUUAAGCUUUUGGGACGUAUGGUGGUUCUCUUUGUUCAAAUCACAACCCGAGGGUCAAACUGCCUUACUGGCUAUCAUAUCCUAGGGUCUCAAGAUUUCUAUCAAGUUAAAUUGUAAUUAAUUUUUAAAAUCUCUGAAACCACACAGAGGGGGUAAUCACGUGAUAGUCAAGAUGGCGACGUCCAUGCCGAGACAGUCAUUUUUCGCCGUUUUAUACCCUAUAUUACUUCUGUUUAUUUUUUAAAUGACGCUCACUUUCCAGACAUAUCAGCAAAACGGUGAAUAGCGUUUAUUUCGUAUUUAAAUUCGGUUUAUAUCUCGACUUUACUCGGUGCAAAUUUUCUAAGUGGAGCCCUAAUUAGGUCAUCCCGCUAAGAAAUUUCGCACCGAGUCAGUAAAGUCGAGAUAUAUAGCGAAUAUUACUAUGAAAUAAAAGCCAGUAACUUAUUUCCUAAUAUGGCUGGAAAGUGAGCGGAAUAAGAAAACAUAUUACAAGUAAUAAAAGGUAUAAAUGGAGGAAAGAAUACCUGCCUCAGCAUGGACGUCGCCAUCUUGUUUGUCACAUGAUUACCCCCUCUGCACAAGAGUCAGGGUUUUUAUGUCUUAUGUAUCAAGUAGUGGUCCUCUGCAUAUUCUUUUCGAAAUACUAACAUGAAAUUAAAACUGGGAAAAAAUCCCCCCUCCCCCCCAAAAAAAAACAAACAACAACAACAAACAUUGAAAGAUCAUAGUAAAUUUAUGUUAAAUUUUAACAGAACUACAGCGAAUAACAAGUCAACUGUUAGUAUACGAAGAAUGCACAGGUAACUGCACAGACACUUUACAUAGAUGAAAGUUGAACCUAAUUGGUUGUUAUUAUUAUUAUAUUGAGUACACAAUUGACAUUAAAUUUUUUUAUUUAUUGUAUGAUAUUGAUCAAAAGUUAGUUGGCGACAAA